CCUCUUCUCACAACUUUAUUUUAGUUGUUUUGCUCGCCAUGAACGAUCCAAACAAAGCUAUCAGCGUGAAUUUAUCCUCGCUGCUCAGCUUAAAGGCAGAAUUGGUGAGAAAGCAACAUGAGGUCAAGAUGGCGAAGGCCACAAAGGCAUCAGCCGCAGAGUUCCGGCCGAGCAAGAGCAGCGGUGACAAGGAGAAGUCUGACGAUCGCGGCUACAAGAAUGUCGCCAAAAGUGGCGAUGGCGCUAAAGUCUAUGAGGCGGAAGACCAAGCCCAGCUGGACAAGUCCCGGCGUGUCCUAGAGGCUAAGAGUAAGUUCUACGACCGGAUGAGUCGUAGCGGCGGCAGUCUGAACUCCGAUGACAACUGCCUGGUGAUGUUCAAUCGUAAAAAGCAGGAGGCGGACCAGGAGGACCCACCCCAAAAGUUUGAAACUCGACAAAGACUAAGCAGCAGCAGCAGUUCCAGCGAAGACGAGACGGGCCAAGACGAUGACGAGGUGGAGUACGUUGAUUGCUUGGGCCGCACCAGAAAGUGCUUAAGAAAAGAUUUGGCAGAGGCUCAACGUCGCGACCGCCAGCUGGCCGAGAGCAUGCCGGAGCGCCUUGAUCAGACCAAGGCCAACUGGAUGAUAGACACCAAAGGUUGCCAGGAUAAUGCUCACAACAGCGACGACGACGAUGGCGAGUCCUUUAUUGGACCACGGCCCACAGAAAGUGUUUUCAGUGAUGCGUUGUCCACGAUGACCAAACACGACGAGCAGCGCAUGAACUGGGAGCGAAAGGAGCAGGAGAAUGUCGAGAAGCCUGAUGUUCACUACCAGGAUGUGUUCUUUGACGAGGCGCGCACUCAUGGCGUUGGUUACUAUGCCUUCUCCACGGACGAAGACGAGCGUCGAAAGCAGCAGCAGGAGCUGGAACAGGCCCGCAAUGCCACGACCGAAGAGCAGAGACGACGGGACGAGAUGCGUGCCAAGCGGGAUAGCCUCGUGGCCGACCGUGUGCUGGCCGCCAAAAACAGAAUUCGAGCACGCAACGGCUUGCCUCCAAUUAGCAAAGAGGAGUAUGAGCGGGAGGAGCGGCAGAAGAAGGAGGAAUCGGCAGCCGAAGCAGCUCAACGUGAACGAGAGGAGCAGAAGAAGAAGGCAGCCAUCGAAAGAAAAAAGGCUAGGGAGGAGGCUGAAAAAGAUGAACUACGCAAAGAUCACGUUCGCGAUUGGGACAAGGAUAAGCCAGGUGUGGCCAAGCGAGUCGAUUCGGAUGGCGAUGAAUCCCCAGAAGAGGAAUGGAAGUACAAGUCCGAACGGCUGCCCAUGUCCCAGGAGGAGUGGAACGAGAAGCAGCGCGCCCAGCGGCAGGCAGAAUUUGCUCCCAUGGCAGAGCCGGUUCCCCUUAAGCGCAGCAACUUCAGCAGCAUGCCACCGCCUCCGUCUUCCUUGUGGCAAAGCGGCCAGGAGCCGGAGUUCAACAAUUUCCAUAGCACCAAACAGGAGAAAAAAUUCCAGCGACGAAACUAUACAACCAGCAACGAAGAUGAUAACGACGAAGAACCCAGUACAUCCACUCGUGGCCUGGGAGCUGCCAUACCUCCACCUCCUGGCCUAAAUGACGCUAUCCUACCCCCGGCAGCAAAACGACCCAGAUCGCAAGCCGAGUUGGAGCGCUCCAUCGAGGCUGGUCUGAAGUUCCUUCGAGAAACCUGCGAUAAGGGCGUGCUCGGCAACAAGGCCACGUGGACGGCCAAAGCCGAUUACUAAAUUAAGUCAAAGGAGCGUACCCUUCAUUUAUAGUUUAUUACUUUGUGUAAAGAAUACUUUAGAAAAACACAAUACGCCUAGACAAACUAUCUAUUGUCUGGGGUCUUUGAGCUAAUUUCAACAAAUGUAUUGUUAAUUUUAGCUACGGCUAGAAUAGAUAAUGCUUUCUCACAAUUCCUGUCGAAUUCUAUGACCCUGUGCCCAAUUCCCUUUUCGGUACGACUAACGUAAUGGAAUUUAUACUUUUUGGAGAAGUCAUUUCGAAUUUUUGGAAUUUGUGUAUUCAAGAAUGUAGAUACAACAUUAAAAACGGAAAACAACAGAAAAUCAAAUUCAA